AUGACAAAAACGGUUUGCCUGAAAAAUUCACAUGAAUGGCAUCCUUAUGUUCAUCAAUAUGGGUAUUAUGAUCCAGUAACAGUUGGUAGUAUUGACGGUACAGAUACGACUCCACAUGACCGGGCAAUUCAGCGCGCCUUAACAUCAUCUUAUAAGAGUAAAGAUCACGUUUUUAACCGGAAUGCAAAGGCUACAAUAUUUGUAGGAAGACUACCUUAUCAUGCUUCAAAAAUUUGUUUACAAAAAGCACUUCAUGAACUGUUGAAUAAAAAUUUAGGAAAUGAUUUAAAUAAGAAAUCUAGAAAAUACUGUCGUAGUCGUUCCCCAUUUUCCUGUUAUGAAAUUUGGCCAAAAAUUCAUAUUGUUCACAACAUUGUUACUGGCUAUCCAUGUGGCUAUGCAUUUGCAUAUUUUUCAUCAGAAUCAGAUGCCGAACGUGUACUGCGUGUUUGGCGUAAUCAAACUACUGUUUCAACCAAAUUACACUGUGGACUAAAAGAUGAACGACACUGUGGUUUAGACAUACCUGAUGGCGAUAAGGUGAUUUUAGAACCAUAUUUUGGUGGUACACUGCCAGGUUGGCGACCACGUCGUCUUGGUGGUGGAUUAGGUGGUCGUAAAGAAGCUGGGCAGUUACGAUUUGGCGGAAUCGCUCGUCCUUUUAGACGUCCGUUCUGUGCAAGUAAUGCGUCUUUGAUGGAAAAGAAAACAAAGUUUCACAGAGAUUAA